CCAUCUUUAGGCAUGUCACCCCAUUGGGCACAUCAACAGCUAACAAGAUCAAAGUAAAGCUUCGUGUACCCUCAACAGUCACUUUGAGUAGGCGAAGCGACGCGGGCGACUCUGAUGAAGAGAUGGUCGACGAACUCGCUGACGAUGAUGACGACGAUGAUGACGCAGCAUCGUCCGUACCUGGUGGCACAGGUGCCCUCCCGCCCCUACACGCGCAUAAGUCUAGCUCAACUCGGGGUGGAAAAGGCUCGCGGGGACCUCGCAAGAAGCGUCUGGCGCAGAUCGGCGAGCGCGUCAUGUCUCCACCACCACGGCAAAUUGGAACCGAGUGGGUUGUUCAUGUCUCUGAGGGUCAGACCGUCCCGCCGUCGGAUGACGUGAUGCCUCCCCUCCCACCGCCGGCGAGAGGACGAGGACGGGGUAGCAGGGGCGGAAAGCGAGGGGUAGCAGGGCCGGGACGGGGUUGGAGGAAGGGCAUCACAAACGCGAAGAAGGCCGAAUGGGAAGCAGAGGCUGCUGCGCUGAACAACAGCAAUAGCACUCCGGACGCCUUCCUGUCGACGAUGCCUCCUAAUUCUGGCUCUGGCUCUGCAUCCGGUGCCGGUAUGUUCAGGGAAUACCACCCGCCGAGCGGCGAGCUUUCUGCCCCGUCCAUCCCCGCUCCACCUCUUCUUCAGAUCAAACAGGACCUCGCAGAACGCCCCAAGCAUCCCACCAGCUCUGCCAAACUCAGCUCACAGCGCUCUGCGAGCGCACCAUACCCUCCGCCCAUCGUCCAGCCUACCCUUCCGAGUCAAGAAAUCCGAUAUCUCCCGCCAGAGCCAAGGCUCGAGCCUGGCAUGGCACCCACCGACGGACGAGGCGGGCUCCUCAUGCCCAUACAUGGGAUUCCUAGUCGGGCUUGCCCUGUCCAGCCGGCGCCUAAACUGCCCAGUAACCAACCUCAACAAGCGCCGCCCCAGCCGAUAGACAGGGCGGGGAUCAAGUUCAAGGUGCGCAAAUGGCGCAACGUUAGCAGGGAGAUCAAGGGUAUUGGAGGCACACGGUUCUUUGUUAAGACCUGGUUGGGCGACAAAGAAUCGGAAUAUACGAGGCACAGGGGUAUGUCCGGCCCUACGCUGGGUCCCAUGCCCGCAUUCCCAUCGCGCUUCAAGUUCAAGCAGGAGUUCAAUGGCUCGACUGGGACGGGCACGCCGGCGGAUCGGGGAACACCGAUGGAGGGCACCGCCGGGAACCCUGUGAUUGUAGACUUGACCGAUGACGUCGACAUGGAUAGUCCGGCCGCACUACCAGAGGGGUCCAUUGCAGUCCCCCCUUGACACCUU